CCGGCGGCGGCGGCGGCUGACAAGAUGGCGGCGUCGGGCCUAGGCUUCGGCCCAGGGUCGUCGGGGCUCCUCGGCAGCCGGGUCCUGGCUUACACCCUCCACCGCUGGAGCAGCUUCUCCUCCACCUACCUGCCCGAGAAUAUUUUAGUGGACAAGCCCAACGAUCAAUCUUCACGGUGGUCUUCAGAAAGCAACUACCCCCCACAGUAUUUGAUUUUGAAACUUGAAAGACCGUCUGUAGUUCAGAGCAUCACAUUUGGAAAAUACGAAAAGACUCACGUCUGUAAUUUAAAAAAAUUUAAAGUCUUUGGUGGAAUGAAUGAAGAAAAUAUGACUGAUCUUUUAUCAAGUGGCUUAAAGAAUGACUAUAACAAAGAAACAUUUACUUUGAAGCACAAAAUUGAUGAGCAGAUGUUCCCUUGCCGAUUUAUUAAAAUAGAUGGUUUGUUCAACCAGUACAUCAGUCAGCAGGAAUACAAACCGCGGUGGGGCCAGAUCAUCCCCAAAAGCACCAAAGGUGAUGGUGAGGACAGCAGGCCAGGAAUGAGAGGAGGGCAUCAAAUGGUCAUUGAUGUUCAAACAGAAACCGUUUACUUGUUCGGCGGCUGGGACGGGACGCAAGAUCUGGCGGACUUCUGGGCGUACAGCGUGAAGGAAAACCAGUGGACGUGUAUAUCCAGAGAUACCGAAAAAGAGAACGGCCCAACCGCUCGGUCCUGUCACAAGAUGUGCAUCGACAUCCAGCGAAGGCAGAUCUACACCUUGGGACGUUACCUGGAUUCCUCUGUGAGGAACAGCAAAUCUCUGAAAAGCGACUUUUAUCGCUACGACAUCGACACGAACACCUGGAUGUUGCUGAGCGAAGACACAGCCACCGAUGGAGGCCCCAAGCUUGUGUUCGACCAUCAGAUGUGCAUGGAUUCAGAGAAACACAUGAUCUACACCUUCGGGGGAAGGAUUUUGACAUGCAACGGCAGCGUGGACGACAGCCGAGCCAGUGAACCACAAUUCAGCGGCCUCUUUGCUUUUGACUGUCAGUGCCGGACAUGGAAACUCUUGCGAGAAGAUUCGUGUAAUGCUGGCCCUGAAGACGUCCAAUCCAGAAUAGGACACUGCAUGUUAUUCCAUUCAAAAAACCGUUGCCUGUAUAUGUUUGGCGGACAAAGGUCGAAAACGUACUUGAACGAUUUUUUCAGUUGCGACGUGGACAGUGACCACGUGGACAUCAUCUCGGAUGGUACCAAAAAGGAUUCAGGGAUGGUUCCAAUGACCGGCUUCACCCAAAGAGCUACCAUUGAUCCGGAACUGAACGAAAUCCAUGUGCUGUCCGGACUGAGUAAAGACAAGGAAAAACGGGAAGAGAACGUUCGGAAUUCCUUCUGGAUUUACGACAUCGUCCGAAACAGCUGGUCCUGCGUCUACAAGAACGAUCAAGCAGCCAAAGAGAACUUGAACAAGAGCCUUCAGGAAGAAGAACCCUGCCCCCGUUUUGCACACCAGCUUGUGUAUGAUGAAUUGCAUAAGGUCCAUUAUUUGUUUGGAGGAAAUCCAGGCAAACCCUGUUCUCCAAAGAUGAGGCUGGAUGACUUCUGGUCCUUGAAACUCUGCCGACCGUCCAAGGAAUACUUGCUUCGGCAUUGCAAGUACUUGAUAAGGAAACACAGGUUUGAAGAGAAAGCCCAGACGGAUCCUCUAAGUGCCCUGAAAUAUUUGCAGAAUGACUUGUUUGCCACAGUGGAUCACUCAGAUCCUGAAGAAACCAAGGAGUUCCAGCUGCUCGCUUCGGCCCUUUUCAAGUCGGGCUCUGAUCUGAGUACGCUGGGCUUUUCGGACGUCGAUCACGUCUACGCCCAACGAACUCAACUCUUCGACACCUUGGUGAAUUUCUUUCCGGACAACAUGACCCCUCCCAAGGGCAACCUGGUGGAGCUCAUCACCCUGUGAUGAGCCCGGUUGCUGGCUCCACGGAAGGAAGAGGAUUUUUCAGUAUUUUUAAUUUUGUGCGUGUGUGGGUGGGCGUGCGUGCGUGCAUGGGCGUGUUUGCGUGGGCAUAUGCGCUUUCGCGCAGUGAGCGACUGGGGAACUUCAGAGAAGAGAAGCGCGUCGUGUGGGGGAGGGGCUUUAUGCACACGGAUAAAUAAAAAGGAAUCGGUAAAAGUUUCUUGACGGGCUUUGGGAUGGACGGAUGAUGGGUGGAUGGAGGGAGGGAUGUACGCUCGUUCAUUUGCCCUGUUCAUUCAUUCAUUCAUUCUCAUUCACGUUGACACUUUUGGAAGGUCAAUGAAUAUGGACAACCAGGGAGGUGGGGAAAUUGGUGAGGGGUUUCCUGAGGUGACGGGACUCUACCCUGGGUGCAAACUCAGGGCCGUGAGGAUAGAUGGUGCUUUCUUUUCUUUCUUUUUUUAAAUCUUUAAUUCGAUUGGUGCACAGCAGUUUUGUUCUCCAGCCUGACUUUGCCGAUUGGAGCUUGUUUUUCAGCCUGCUAACCCCUCAGCAGCCGAUGCAGGCAUCCUUAGAAUGGAGGGUGGGCGG